UGACGGUCUUUUUGUAUAUCCUAUUUUAUUUAUACUUUUAAAGGGACGGGUUGUUGAUUUUAUUUCCUUUUUCGGAAUGGCUGUCGCGUGGUGGCCCUGCUUUAUUUUGUCUUUUGGAUUUAUAUAUUGCUACGAAAACCUGAGCAGAAGAUUGACAACAACUCUAUUACAAAGUUCGACGUACAAUGAUCGAUAUGCAUCGUAUGCCAAUGAUGGGGACUUGCAGACACGUUGGGGAUUUUGUGCCCAUACUUCUCCAGGACGGCCCUUAGCCUGGUUUCAAGUGGAUCUUGGUGAUGGGCCUAAUAAUUGGAAGCAAUUCAGAUUUAAACAUUUUUAUCUGGACGUCUCUAACUCACCAGCUGCAGUGACUAACACAACACAAAGAACUCGAUGUUAUACAGACACAUCCCCGGGAUUACCUGACAAUAUAAUCGAACUUCCAUGUAAACAAACGGCAAGAUACGUCAUUGUAGAAACAACAUACGAUGCUCCUGAAGAUAUUCCUACGACAGGGGCCAUCUUGGAAAUUUGUGAAAUACAGGUUAACGGAUGCGAGAUUGGAAAGUAUGGUGAUGGAUGUCGAGAUUGCAGUGGAUGUCAAACAUGUGACAUCAUAAGCGGUAUCUGCACGUCGGUACCUUGUGGUGCAAACUGUGUGAGUGGAUUGUGUAAUCCCACUAUUGGAUACUGUACCCAAGGCUGCAUUAACGGAUACUGGGGAAACACGUGUACAUCAACCUGUCCACAAAACUGUCAAGGUGGAAGUUGUGAUAGGAUCAGUGGUUACUGUAACGGCUGUAGUAAUAAUAACUAUUGGGGACAAUCAUGUAAUACACCAUGCUCACAAUACUGUAACGGAGGUGUGUGUUAUCAAAACAAUGGAUAUUGUAGCAAUGGCUGCACACUAGGACGAUACGGAAAUAAAUGUGAACAUCACUGUAACGAAAAAUGCUCGGGGAACACUUGUGAUCAAAACAAUGGAGUAUGUACGAACGGAUGCGCUGAUUUUUAUUAUGGGUAUACAUGUGAGUACGAGUGUAGUCCUUACUGUAGUCCCAGACGUUGUGACAGAUAUAACGGUACAUGCACUGGAUGUAGCAGCGGUUAUUUUGGUUCGUCUUGUCGAGACAACUGUAGCGUAAACUGUGCUGAGGGAACGUGUGAUCAACAGACGGGAAAAUGUCACGGAGGAUGUAAACCAAACUGGACCGGGGACAAAUGUGACAGAUGUGAUUCCACACAUUACGGAAUUAAUUGUUCUCAGAUGUGUAAUGUUAAUUGCAAGGACCGCGUUUGCAACUCUGGAAAUGGAUUCUGUACUUUCGGAUGCAAAAGUGGAUUUUAUGGAGACACUUGUAAAAAUACUUGUCCAUCCUGUCCAUCGGGAUGCGACAGGUACUCCGGCGAUUGUGAGAGAACAUGUCCGAACGACAAAUAUGGAAAACAGUGUGAUUUACCCUGCAGUCCGGGUUGUACAGGUGGAUGUAAUAAAGACACUGGUGUGUGUGAUCGCGGUUGCGUCGUUGGGAAAUUUGGAGCCAAUUGUAGUGAAAACUGCAACACUGGAUGCAUUGCCGACUGUGAUCAGAAUGAGGGAAGUUGUAAAUGCAAAACUGGAUGGCAAGGGAAUCGAUGUGAUGAGUGCAGCUCAGAUCAUUAUGGUCAGUUGUGUGAUCAUCGAUGUAGUACGUAUUGUGAAAAUGAAAUCUACUUUUCAAACAACGGGACGUGCGUAGGGGGGUGUAUUGGUACAUUCAGUAAUGACAAGUGUAACCAAGAAAACGUGCAAUCCUGUACCACUGAAUGUGACAGCACUAUGGUCAUCGUCAGCAUUGUAGUGUCUGUUGUCAUUGUUCUCACAGGAAGUGUCGUAAACGUCAUGCUGUGGAGGAGAAACCAGUCCCAGAAUGUAAAAAGAAGAUUCAAAGAAAAUUCUAAUAGCCAAACCACGGCGCAUGAAUUUUCAGACAUACCAAACAGCGAAAAUCGGGUUAUAUCUCCUUAUGCAGAACUUGGAGACCUCGACAAACCGAACACAUACGAAACCCUCCACCAAUAUACCAACGCUGUUUAGAAUUUGUAUUUUCAUUGAUCAAAAUAAAACUGGAUGUAUAUUAUUAUUUGAACACUCUCAUCGAAUACAAUGACAGAUGCUACCGCAUCACAUGUGAAAAUUAUGUUAGGGAAACAUAUUUGGCUUUGAAUACAAUCUAUGGAAAUUCAAAAUCUGAUAACAAUACUCAUGUUUGCUGCAUUUGCAUACCACUAUGAUGGUACUACAACAUUUAAUGAAUAAAUUUAGCGUCUUCAA